AAAAAGUAUUUGUAGAUUCACAUAGAAGACAAAGGGGAUAUAAUUUAUGAAUAUAUCUGUGCAUCAUGUGCUACAGGGCACAAUGGAUACUAGUUCAAUUAGUAUUUGGAUAUUUGUGCAAAACAAACUCUUAUGAGGUAUAUCGGCUUCCUGAAAGAGAUUAUGGCACAAACGUAACGGGGUUAGAGUUUAUUCGGACCUCUAUGAGUAAUUUUGGAAUAGGAGAAAAUAAUAAAGUCGUCCUGAGAUGUAAAGUACGCGGUGAUGCAGAACCUCAUUUCGAGUGGGUGAAGAUGGACAGUUCAACGUCUGCACACUCAAAAAUAUAUCACACUAAUGACGGACGAUAUUCUAUCUACUUAAAACAACAACCCGGGCAUCGAUACAGCAGCAAACUUGUAAUACAAAACACACAAGCCUCGGACUCUGGAAUUUACAAGUGCCGCGUUAAUGUUAGAUGGUCUGCUGUCAUAGAAAGACAUUAUAGAGUCCAUGUUCAAGAAUCUCUUUUCACUCCGAUUAGACUAGAAUCGUAUACACAAGAAGGUGAAGGAAUCGUUCAAAUUCGCAAUAAGAACAAAUGGACCUAUUUUUAUUACUAUGAUUUCAGUACAGUAAAGGCCUCUAUUGUGUGUCGGUCUCUUGGAUAUCCAUAUGGAGGUGUACCACGAAUAACAUAUGAGGAGGAAGGUAUUUUUCGUUUCAAUUAUUGGAGGCACAAGAAAAAUAGAAAUCCAAUGUGUAUAAAUGGAAUAAGUUGUUUACCAAAUAUUACCGAUAUUGGCCAAUGUAACUUGAAGAAACUAUCUAAAUGUUAUCUGUCACAUAUAGUUGGAGUAACUUGUAGGCUCGAACCUGUAAAAAUUCCAGAUAUACCCGUUCGUCUGAUAAUACCAGAAAAGGAUGUCCAGAAUUUAAGAGAAGGUGUCGUAGAAGUCUUCUUAAAUGACCACUGGGGAUUUGUUUUAGGAAUCGGACAGUCCGAAGUUAAUGCUCUUUGCAAAACACUUGGUUUUAAGUAUGGUGGUCAGAGUUAUAAAACUGUAGAUGUUCUUCAAAGUUCUCAUUUUGGUCGUCUUGACAUUACAACUGAAAUUUUGCAAAACUUUUCAUGUCCAGAAGAGGCAUUGCAUUUAAAUGAGUGCAGUGAUAUGGAGUGGACAGAACGUUCGUGGUUUGGAUGGGAUAGGUGGAACAUUUUGUCUAUAAGAUGUUGGACAUAUGCAGAAAUUAGUAAUUCAGGAGAGCGAAUACGACUAGCAGGAUUAAACAAAGAACACGAAGGACGAGUCGAAAUUUUGCAUAACAAUACUUGGGGGAUUAUCAAUGAUUAUUGGUUUGGUUAUCCAGGAGCAAAUGUGUUCUGUAAAAUGAUGGGGUAUCAGUAUGGCGGAUUGCCGAUAUAUGAUAAGUUCAUUCCCGGACAGGGACCACUAUGGAUAGACUACAUCGAAUGUCCUUUACUUGCCAACGAUUUACAGGACUGUGAGUUUGAUUGGACAAGUGAGAAGGACAAAAUUGCCCUUGGUAUAGGACCAGCAGUUGUUAAAUGCCGGACAGAACCGAUUGAAGUACCAGAAGUGAAGUUUAGAUUACAAGCAGGAUGGAGAAGAGAAAUACUUGAGUACUUUAAAGACGGAUACUGGGGAUAUGUUUGUGGAGCCUACAUGGGGACCUCUGAGGCAUCGAUGUUCUGUCAUCAGUUAGGUUUUACUCAUGGUGGACAUAUCAUUAUUGAUGUGGAUGAAGGAAGAGAAGGAGAGAAUGAUAAUAGGAAAGAUAUUGCACCAACAAUUCUAAAAAACAUAGAAUGUCCAUGGAAUUCUGUAGAUCUCGAUCAGUGUUCAGAACGAGAAUGGAGUUACAAAGAUAAUAGAAUAAUUUGCGACUCACAUAAGCGAGAUUUAAGACUAAAGUGUAGGUCAAAACCUUUUCCAGAAUAUGAUGUACAGUUAUUUGGAGGAAAUUCGGCCAAUGCAGGUCAGCUUCUUGUGAAAUAUGAUAACACAUGGACAACAGUACACUCUGAUGACUUUUCAACAAAAAAUGUAGCUGUUGUAUGUAGGCAGAUUGGAUUUAGACAUGGAGGAGAAAUAAACAUUCAACAAUCAAUUUAUAAAAACAGUCCUUUUUGGUUAAUUCUAAAAUGCAACGGAAAAGAAAAGAAUGUAGGACAAUGCAAUUCGAUUAAAACACAGCCGUUUUCACCAUUCGAAAGAAGUGUAUCAGUGUUUAUUAAGUGCUAUGAAGAACUCGAUCCUGAGCUUCAUAUGACAGUGUCUUUAGAAGGUGAUGGAAAGGUUAUCGUUUAUAGACAGGGAGAAACAUGGCAAAUAUGCUCUUCUCGAUGGUCUGAUUUCCAUGGCAAUUCCCUAUGGGAUGACGUAACGGCAACCACUGUCUGUCGUAUGCUAAACCAAAGCAAUGGAACCGCAAUACACAUACCCUUUGAUUCUCGAGAAGGUCCAGCAACGGCAAAUAACAUACAACAAGUGUAUUGUCCUAGAGGAGCUUCACAUCUGGGAGAUUGUUUCUAUGGACGUCUUGGUUUCAAGGAUUAUAGGUUAUCUCCAUGGGCGCCAGGUGAUUGCAACGAAGCAGUAAUGCAUAGGACAUAUCGUGGUGGUGUAAAAUGCAGCAAAUAAAGAUUUAACAUACUGUGGAUUCAUUAUUAUUCGUUGGAUACCAAUUUUCGUGGGUUUCGUGGGAAUGGGUUAACCACGGAAUCAAAUGUUCAACGAAAUACAUAUUUACAAUAGGCGUAAUAUACAGAGAUUUUCAAAACCACGCAAUCAAAUAUCCACGAAUAUGCAAGUUUUUAGCAAUUCAAGAAAAUUGAUACCAACGAAAAUAAAUGAAUCCACAGUACUCGGAAAAGUUUAAACAUUGAUCUGAUAUGUACAUUCA